GAUAAAAAUUAAAAAAAGUCAUAAAUCCCGUACUUUAAUUUCUUAGGGUCCCUCUUUUUUCUCUCUCUUCAAUUCAUCAUCCACCAUGAGUUCCCUCCAAUUCAAUCUUCUUCUUAACAUAAAGAGCAAUCCCCCUCCUCCUUUUCUCUCAAAUUCACACACCAAAAUAUGAACACUUUAGAAACAGAGCAACAACAAAAUCAAAAUUCCCUCUUUGAUUUUCUUGAUUGUGAGGAAAAAUGUUGGGAUUUUAAUCAUGAAUUAGAUUACGAUCAUGAUACUAAUGAUGGGUCAUCGUGUUUAUGUGAUUCUUCAUCUUCUUCUUCGUUGAAUUUUUGUGAGGAUGAUGAAGAGCAAUUGAAUGCUCUGUUUUCUAAAGAGGAAAAGACACAAUUUAAUGUGGGUGAUUUGGGUGUUGAUAAUAAUGAGUUUUUGAUGGAAGCAAGGAGAGAGGGAUUGGAGUGGAUGAUUAGAGUUAAUUCUCACCAUAAUUUCUCUUUAAUUACUCUACUUUUGGGUGUUAAUUACUUUGAUAGGUUUAUGUUGAGUUUUGGGUUUCAAAGGGAGUUCAUUCCAUGGAUGAACCAUCUUGCUGCUGUUGCUUGCCUUUCUUUGGCUUCCAAGGUUGAAGAAACUCAUGUUCCUUCUCUCCUAGACUUCCAAGUAGAGCACAAGCUGAUAUUUGAAGCAAAGGUGAUUCAGAAAAUGGAGCUCUUAGUUCUUUCAACACUUGAUUGGAAAAUGAAUGCAGUGACCCCACUUUCCUACUUUGGACAUUUAGUAAAGAAGUUCAACUUAAAGACCCAUUUUCAUUGGAAAAUUCUAACAAGAUGUGAAACCCUAAUUCUCUCUUCUAUUCUUGAUCCGAGGUUUUUGUGCUAUGUUCCAUCAGUAUUAGCAGCAGCAACUAUGGUGCAAACUUUGAAAGAAGUCGGACUAUGGACUACUCUAGAACAUCAAAAUGAUAUCAUGGUUACCUCCAAACUUGACAAGAUUAAGGUAGAAGAGUGCUACAAUUUCAUCCAAGAAUUGUCAAGCAAUGAGAAAACACACAAGAGAAAUUAUUGUAAUAUUUCAAGUGAUGAUAAUGUUGGUAAUGUACUAGUUUCUAGUGAGAGCACUAAUAAGGACACAUCACCCGAACCUCUACCUAAGAAAUGUAGGACAGUGGGCCCACCUUGUUUUGGCUAGCUUAUGUCCAAUUUCAAUUUCCUUGAAACUUCCGUAUAUUGGACAAUAUUACCUUAGAGGCUUUGUCUACUUAUAAAGGUUGUUAUUUUUGUUAAUUACUUAUUUGCCCCUAGCACUUGAGCGUAUGUAAUUAUUGGAGACUUCUCUUAAAAAUAAAAAAAUCCUAAUAAAAAUUGGUACUACCUUGCUUGA